AUGUUGGCCAGAUCCAGCCUGCGAUCCGCGCGCAUCGCCGCCGCUGCCCGCAGCACCGCAACCCGCCAGUCUACGCGCGCUGCUUCCUCCUCCUCCGGUGCCGAGUCUUCCCAAUGGGCCACCACCGCCACUGCCUCUGCUGCCACCGUCUUCGCCGUCGGUUCCGCCGCAUGGUACUACUACCAAUUCGGUCGUGAGGCACACGCCAUGACCCCCGCCGAAGAGGGUCUUCACGCCACCAAGUACCCUUGGGAGCACGAGAAGCUCUACAAGACCUUCGACCACCAGUCCCUCCGCAGAGGUUUUCAAGUCUACCAGGAGGUUUGCGCUUCUUGCCACUCCCUCCAGCGUAUCGCCUACCGCAACCUUGUCGGUAACUUCAUGACCGUCGACGAGGCUAAGGCCCUUGCCGAGGAGAACGAGUUCGACACCGAGCCCAACAACGAGGGUGAAAUCGAGAAGCGUCCCGGAAAGCUUUCCGACUACCUUCCCAGCCCUUACAAGAACGACGAGGCUGCCCGUGCUGCCAACAACGGAGCCCUGCCCCCGGAUCUUUCGCUCAUGGUCAAGGCCCGUCACGGUGGCUGCAACUACAUCUUCUCUCUUCUCACUGGUUACCCCGAGGAGCCCCCAGCUGGUGCCGUCGUCCAGGAGGGUCUCAACUUCAACCCCUACUUCCCCGGUACCGGUAUUGCCAUGGCUCGUGUCCUCUACGACGGUCUCGUCGAGUACGACGACAAGACCCCUGCCACCACCUCGCAGAUGGCCAAGGAUGUUGUCGAGUUCUUGAACUGGACUGCCGAGCCCGAGAUGGACGACCGUAAGAAGAUGGGCUGGAAGGUUAUGGCUGUUGCCGGUACCCUCUUCGCUCUCUCCGUUUGGGUCAAGAGGCAAGUCGCAAUACUCAGAAAGGCAUACAAGUGGACUGUCGUCAAGACCAGAAAGCUCGUGUACAACCCUCCCACCACCAAGGCUGUCCGCAACCCUUCGUCUCCUCGUGCCGAGGUCAAGAUUGACGGCAAGGAGUACCUCAGAUAA